GAUGAAUCAUGAACCAUCUUCAUUCCUCAACCCGCCCGUACCAGCAACCACAGUCCAUCUUGUUACAACAUCAUAGUGGCAAGGUCACGAAUGCGUCGCCGGGGCGGGUGGUUGUUUAUUAUGGUGGCAGCGGUCUUUGGUUUAUUGGAUCCUUAGCGAGCACCGGAUUGUUGCAACAGCUUCAUGCUGUGGAGAGUUGGCUCCGUUGCUGAGAAAAGGCUCCUCAUACUCAGGAACUUCAUAGUCCGUUGUAUUGAGGAUAUCAUGGCGAACUUGUCAGUAACAGGCAAGAAUAGGAUAAGAUUCUGAGCACACUCUCGGCAGUGCAGUUGCAUUACCAAUCAAGCUGGCAGCAUGAACUACUACUCUACAACCGAUCAUAUCAUGUCCUUCCACGAAAACUUCUGGUACUUGUAUGUUACUGCGUACUUGAU